AUGCAGUGGAGCCAUCAGUCCGAAGAGAGGCAUGAAAAUUUGAAACCUUAUGAACUCCUGCUUAUCAUUACGCCUGACCAUGAUGAAAACGAGGCAGAGGCUCUUACUGAUCAGGUAAAGGGCAUCAUUGAAAAUAGCGGGACUCUCCUGAAACUUGAUCCUUGGGGAAAAAAACGACUCUCAUAUCCGAUCCGGAAACGAAGCGAAGGCUAUUACGUUCUCUACAUUUUUGAGAGUGCACCGAGUUUUGUCGCGGAAUUAAACCAGUCCUUACACGUCAUUGAAGCGAUUCUGCGCUACAUGAUUGUACAAUACGAAGACGAUAUAGAUAAAUUGAAAGCCGAACUUGCCGCCGAGGCGGAUCAGUCAACAUCCGAAGUGGAACAACCGACACCUGAAGUAGAGGAAUCAACGUCUGAUGAUGAUGCGGAAGCGGAAGCAGAAGUAGAAGAGGCAACAGAUGGUGAUACAGAAGCGGAAGCAGAAGCAGAAGAGGCAACAGAUAAUGCUGAAGAUACAGCAGAGUCUGCCUGA